CCCAAAAAUCACAGUUUUCUUCGUUUCUCCUUUCAUUUCCUUUUCAAAUUAAAAACCCUAAAAACCAAUUAGAUCAUCCUUCUUAUUCUUUCUCUCCGAAAUCAAAAUCAAAAUCAGAAUCUCUCUUCUCCCUUCAUCAUUUCCAGAUCUGGGUUUUCAAAAUCAGAGCCUCUCUUCUCCCUUCAUCAUUUCCAGAUCUGGGUUUUCAAAAUCAGAGUCUCUCUUCUCCCUUCAUCCUUUCCAGAUCUGGGUUUUCAAACCCAGAUCUGGGAUGUUUGGAAAUCCUGCAGGUUCAGUAAGGAGGAGAUCUUCCUCCUCGAGAUCACAAGAGCAACACAAUUUUAAUCACCCACAGCUGUUUACUGAUAGUAGCGUAGCUCCGGAUAUACAGCAAACGAUUGACCUAUUAAUGAAUUAUAAUUUUGGACCUGAUCAUGAGAACGAGGGCCCUUCAUCCUCGACGGGGAAAAAAGGACGGAGCAGGAAUUUCAAAGGAAUACGCCUUCCAGAACAUAGAGAGAGCAGGAAAUGGGUUAAACUCACUGAUGAUAAGCUCCAGUUUACUAAUCCAAACAUCCACCGGGCAAUCACUUCACUAUGGAAGUCACGUUUUGAUGGCCCGUAUUUCACAUACGAGCAUGUUCCCCAAAGCAAGAUUGCUGAAAUUUAUAAUUGUUUCAAGACACUUUACCAAUGGGAUCCUGCAGAUAAUCGCCAUGUGCGAGAUGCAUUCCUAAAUUGUAUGAAACAUAGAUGGAAUGACAAUCUCAGGGAUGAGAAGUUGAAAUGGGACAAGAACUCAGUCUAUGUCCCAUGUUGGAUCCCAACUCAUAUAUGGCCUCAACUGCUGACAAAUUGGGACUCUGAUAAAUAUAAGAGGCUUAGUGCAAGGGGAGCAAAGAAUAGGAGCUCUCGGGAAGGGGUGACUCACACCACUGGGUCCAUUAGCUUUGGCAUCCAUGAGAUGCAGAUGAAAUUCAAGGAGACGCACACUUUCAGAAAAAAUGCGGGAAAAGAUCAAGAGCCAUCGUGGAUCAAUGAAAAAGCAAAGUAUCGAUAUGAUACUUAUGUUGCGGAGUGCACAGAUAGUCAUGGCUCUGAUACUAGUUCGUGGCCACGCAUGGAUAACGAGGCAUGGGUUAAGGCUGUUGGAGGUUGCUCAUCUAAUUUCAUGCUAGGGAUUGGCUCCCAAGUAAAUCCAGAGAUGCCGUCACAUGGUCCUGGCUCAGGUCUUCGCAUGAAUUCAGCUUUCACCUACUCCACUGAUUCUACACAAACCUCUUCUAUGGUCCCUGAAUAUCAGCAGCAGCGGCAGUUUCGGCCUCAAGAUGAUGAUGCAUACCAUCCUACUUUGGAUCCAGACUAUCAAGGUCCUUAGUUUUUUUAUUUUUUUACUACGCACAUUAUCUACAUACUUUGCAUGGUUGGCUUUAUUUCUAUUAGUACUUUAAACUGUUAGCUUUAGCUUUUAUUACGAUAUAUUUUCUUAUUUUGCUUGACCUCUAGUGAUCAUACUUCAUAAGUAUGAAGUUUUGGACUGCUUUGGUAGUUAAUUAUUAUUAACUAAAUAUCGUGGGUAUUU